AUGAAAGAAGAAAGUCAUGAUGAUGAUGCUUCUUUUGCUUCUUGUUUUGGGUUGGGGCGGGACGGAGCAGUGGUUGGUUUUGUGGAGAAAUCUAUAUCAGAAGUUGAGCAACAAGAUGAUUUGACGACUACCCUAGUCCAGCAGUGUCGUCAGUCCCAAACGAGUGUACAAAGAAUCAUUGAGACAGCAGGAGAUAAUGAGGCCCUGCUUUUUGAAGCUCUGAAUGUGAAUGAUGAGAUCCAGAAAGUUCUCUCCAAGUAUGAAGAGUUGAAAACCCCAUCAGUGGUUCCUGCUGUACCUGAACCUGCUAUGAUUCCUGUUUCCGUUGAGCCUGAUUCACCCAUUCAUGCAAAAGAAGAUGCUUUGAUCAGGAAACCUGCAGGUUCACGAGGUGGAACCCACGGAGGGAGCAAUGAUGACAUGAUGGAUGAUCUUGAUGAAAUGAUCUUCGGUAAGAAGGGUGGAGCUGCAUCUGAAGGUGUGCAUGACCCGAAGCAGCAGCAUUCUUCUAAGGAUGACCUCAUAACCUUCUGA